UGUAGUGGAGACAUUAAUGUCAAAAACGUAAGUUGGAGUUGUCAAAAAAAUAGGAUCAUUUUAUUUGCAAUUUAGCACUUUUUUGUCAUUUGAAACGUGAUUAUUAGCACAAGAAUAAUAACGUAAAGCCUCUGAAGCCACAACUCCUAAAAUAUGUCUAUAGAAAUCGAAUCUGCGGACGUAAUCCGCCUAAUUCAGCAAUAUUUAAAAGAAUCUAACUUAUUAAGAACUCUUCACACACUACAGGAGGAAACUGGUGUAACAUUAAACACUGUAGAUAGUGUUGAUGGGUUUUGUGCCGACAUAAACAACGGGCAUUGGGACACUGUUUUGAAAGCGAUACAGUCCCUUAAACUCCCUGAUAAAAAAUUAAUCGACUUGUACGAACAGAUUGUUUUAGAAUUAAUUGAACUCAGAGAGUUAGGAGCAGCCAGAUCCCUACUCAGACAAACAGACCCCAUGAUAAUGAUGAAGCAAAACGAGCCCGAGCGUUACAUUCACCUAGAAAAUUUACUCGCUCGUUCAUACUUUGACCCCCGUGAAGCUUAUCCAGACGGAGGCAGCAAAGAAAAACGCCGUGCUGCUAUUGCUCACGCCCUUUCAGGGGAAGUAUCAGUUGUACCAUCGUCACGUCUUUUGGCCUUACUUGGCCAGGCGCUAAAAUGGCAACAGCACCAAGGCUUGUUGCCUCCUGGUACCACAAUUGACUUGUUUAGGGGCAAAGCUGCCAUCAGAGACCAGGAAGACGAACAAUUCCCAACUCAAAUGGCCAAACAAAUCAAGUUUGGGCAAAAGUCGCACGUGGAGUGCGCUCGCUUUUCACCAGAUGGACAAUAUCUGGUCACAGGGAGCAUUGAUGGGAUUAUUGAGGUGUGGAAUUUCACCACCGGGAAAAUUCGCAAGGACUUGAAAUAUCAAGCCCAGGAGAGCUUUAUGAUGAUGGAACAUGCAGUAUUAUGUAUGGCGUUUUCGCGAGACAGCGAAAUGUUGGUAACUGGGUCACAGACCGGAAGAAUCAAAGUUUGGAGGAUUAGCACGGGCCAGUGUUUGCGAAAAAUCGAAAAAGCUCACUCGAAAGGUAUCACCUGUUUACAGUUUUCUAGAGACAACAGUCAGGUUCUAAGCGCUUCGUUUGAUCACACUAUUAGAUUACAUGGCCUAAAAUCUGGGAAAAUAUUGAAGGAGUUUCGUGGGCACACUUCGUUCGUAAAUGAAGUUAUUUUCACUCAGGAUGGUCAUAACGUUUUGAGUGCUUCUUCUGACGGAACCGUUAAAGUGUGGAGCAUCCGAGCUGCGGAAUGCAUCAAUACUUUCAAAUCUUUAGGCGCGGGCGAUAUCACGGUGAAUAAUAUUCACAACUUUGCAAAAAAUCCCGAACAUUUUGUUGUCUGUAAUCGCACGAAUACUGUAGUUAUUAUGAAUCUUCAAGGACAGAUUGUGAGGUCAUUCGCAAGUGGUAAACGUGAAGGUGGUGAUUUUGUAUGUUCAACAGUGUCACCAAGAGGUGACUGGAUUUAUUGCGUCGGGGAAGAUCUAGUCUUGUAUUGCUUUUCCACAAAUUCUGGUAAACUCGAGAGAACUUUAAAUAUUCAUGAAAAAGACGUUAUUGGUAUAGCACACCAUCCACAUCAGAAUUUACUCUGUACAUAUAGCGAGGACGGACUCGUGCGUUUGUGGAAACCGUAAUUAUUGUAAUUUUGUAACGUUUGUAAUCCUAAGAAAUAAAGCGUAAAUUCAA